AUGUCAAUAUUUGGCGUUGCUAUGAUAGUGGUCAUUGAGAACUGCGUUGACUGGACCAUUUUCUUUGAACAAACUGCAGGUAUUAUGCAAGGUUCUUCCUGGUCCGAGAUAUGGGAGCUAUCUCAUGUUUGGCGCCGUUUCACCGUUCCGGGCAUGUACUAUCUUGGGAUUGGAUGCCGUGCGGCAGACCUGUCAAUGCAUGAAAUUGAUUCAAUGCAGUGGGAGGGGGGAUUGCAAAUUCUGUACUAUCGACCUUUCCGGUAUUCCCUUGCAAAAUCCGGUAUGGUCGCCCUUUACACACAGUUGGCAUCGAGUGCCACGCAUUUGAAGUUUCUCUACGCCUUCGGGGCUGUUGUGUUUUUCCACAGAGUUGCAGCAACCCUCAUUGAUGAGAUGGAUAGCAGUACUGAUUCGAUGGAAACGGAAGACGACGAUAUUUAUCUGCACGACCGUCUCGCUCAUGUGGAGCCCAACGUUUCCGUCGGCCUAGUCUUCUACUUCAGUAUCGGUAUCCUCACGAUCUGCGUCACGAUAGCAAGACAAAUGACCAAUGCCAUCGCCCUUAACAACCCUCUCGAGUUCUUCUGAAAAAGCUUGACACGCCACAGGCAUUGGU